UCCAACGAUACCAAAAUCGUCGAUAUCGGUGUGGCGAAGACCCUCUGGCAACCCUCAGAAAAAUCCUGGUGACCAUGGGGUUGGGAACCACGGACAUAGAGAACAUAAUCAACAGCAGCAGCAAUCAAUUCCCUUUCAAAAUAUAUCCAUUGAUUAGAUCAUUAAAAAGUACAUCACCUAAAGGUCACAUGCCUCGCCGUGGUUGCAGUAAAACGAAAAGGGGAGGGAGAGGAGGACGUCAGGAAAGAGGUAGAAGGAACAGGUUUGAAGGAAGUGAAAGUGAAAAUGCAGCAGUAUUAGAAGAUGAUGCUUUGAGAAAACUAUCUAUAAGGGAUACAGAGAUUUUAGAAGAUGACAGUGAUGGAUCUGAAACAUCAGAUAAGAGCAUCGAAGGGGCCGCAGCUGACUGUGAGCUUGAGGAAUCUGAUGAUGACAAGAAUACUACAGAAGAGGAAGAGAGGAUGGAGAUUGAAGACAUCACUUACCCUGUGGCCAUGUGGGACCUCGGACACUGUGAUCCCAAGAGGUGCUCUGGAAGGAAAUUGGCUCGGUUUGGAAUGGUGAAGCUUCUUAAGCUAGGCCACAGGUUCAAUGGGAUGGUUCUCACACCAGUAGGAAAGAAGUGUGUUUCACCAGAGGAUGCAAGUAUUCUCCUGGAGCAUGGUAUAGCUGUGGUAGAUUGCUCUUGGGCUAAACUGCAAGAGACACCUUUCAAUAGGAUGAAAGCAGCACAUCCGAGGCUCCUCCCUUACCUAGUGGCUUGCAAUCCUGUUAACUAUGGGAUUCCCUGUAAACUGUCCUGUGUAGAGGCUUUUGCAGCGACUAUGUAUAUUUGUGGUGAGAAGUUAGCAGCAGCUCUUUACCUUAGUAAAUUCAAAUGGGGAAAGACAUUCAUCAAUAUAAACAAGGAGUUGCUGGAUAAGUACGCAGCCUGCAAGAACAGCACGGAAGUGGUUGGAGUGCAGAACAAAUACCUUGAGGAGCUUGAUGAAGAAGCUUGUAGAGAAAGAGAUGAGAUUGACUUACCUCCGUCAGAAUCAGAAGAAGAAGAGGAGGAGGAAGAAGAAAAGGUUGAAGAAGAGGGAAACGGCUGAUAAUCCGUUUGAAUAGAUAUUCGUAAAAUAAAAUCACAUGAAUGGAAUAUUGUAUCAGACAAGUGUAUUUUUUGCUAAGCGUCUGACAUUUUUGAUAUCAGGUUGGCAAAACUGCAAUUGUUAUUUUAUGAAUAUUUAUAAUUUAAGAUAUAAUUGCAAAUCAACAGGCAUCGGAUAUGUAUCAUUUUGUAAAGUUGGUAAUAAAUUUGAAUUGAACUGUU